UACACUUUCAUGGUAUCGAUUUGUUUAAGUUAUUUACGUUGACAGUUUUGUGUUUGGUGUUGUCUCACAACUUUGACCCUUUUCGCAGCUAUUUCCUUGCUUUUUUGACUUGACUUCGGCUGGAGGAGGUCCCAAAUGGGUCUUUUGUCGCUUUUGCGGAAGCUUCGCGCCGCCCCUGAGCGCGAAUUGCGUUUGCUUCUCCUGGGCUUGGACAAUGCGGGCAAAACGACCAUCCUCAAGACCCUGGCAUCUGAAGACAUUAAUCACAUAACACCCACAGCCGGUUUUAACAUAAAGUCGGUCAUAUCUGAAGGUUUCAAACUGAACGUUUGGGAUAUAGGGGGACAGCGCAAGAUCCGCCCUUACUGGAAAAACUAUUUCGAAAAUACCGACGUUUUGAUUUAUGUUGUGGAUUCGUCUGAUAAGAAACGUUUGGAAGAGACCGGAAUCGAAUUAUACGAGCUUCUGACCGACGAUAAACUCCAAGACGUGCCUUUGUUAGUCUACGCCAACAAACAAGAUCUUCCUGAAGCUCUCACCGCCGCGGAUUUGGCCCAGGCUUUGGGUUUGCCGAGUAUUAAAGACCGACCCUGGCAAAUCCAGGCCUGUACGGCCGUCCGAGGCGACGGUGUCAGAGAGGGCAUGGAAUGGGUGUGCAAAAGCAUCAAAAAGAAAUAAAUCAAACGCAGAUUCCGUCCAUUCAACCCACUACACGCUAUUGUUGACUUAGAAGAGUGGGAAAACUAUUGUUUCAGCUAAUUCGAGUGCGGUUUUAUCAUCAGCUUUGCAAUUGUUUUUAAUAAAGAUUUUUUAAAAAG